GCAGGAGGCGAAGCGGGCUGAGGGGCGUUCUAUCCUCGACUGCCCUGGUCUCUAUCGCCCUUUGUCCUCCAGCUCUCCCGCGGCCCUGGGCCUGCGGGCCUGGUUGCUAGGCGGAAGCGGGGCGCGGCGGGUUCCGCGGCGGCAGCCGGGGCGUUUGAAACGCGGCAAAGCAGGCGGCAAAAGACCCCGCCUGCGGGCCGCCUACCGCGACCAUGGUCUCCAAGUCCGACCAACUGCUCAUCGUCGUGUCCAUCCUAGAAGGUCGUCAUUUCCCCAAGCGUCCAAAGCAUAUGCUUAUAGUAGAAGCAAAGUUCGACGGAGAACAGUUGGCCACUGACCCUGUGGACCACAUCGACCAGCCAGAAUUUGCUACCGAGUUAGCCUGGGAGAUCGACAGGAAGGCCCUCCAUCAGCACAGGCUGCAACGCACUCCUAUCAAACUGCAGUGUUUUGCCUUGGACCCCGUAUCUUCAGCCAAGGAAACUAUAGGCUACAUCGUCCUAGACUUACGAACAGCUCAAGAAAUAAAGCAGGCACCAAAAUGGUACCAGCUGUUGAGCAAUAAAUACACCAAGUUCAAGUCGGAGAUACAGAUAGGCAUUGCUUUGGAAACAGACACAAAGGCACCAGUGGAUAGUUUUAAAGCGAAAGGAGCCCCCCCUCGAGAUGGAAAAGUACCCACCAGCUUGUCUGGCCUUGACCCCAAGGACAUUGUGGCAGUGCUGAAUGAAGAGGGAGGCUACCAUCAGAUCGGACCAGCCGAGCAUUGCACAGACUCCUUCGUUAUGUCCGUGACCAUUGCGUUUGCCACCCAGCUGGAGCAGUUAAUUCCAUGUACCAUGAAACUUCCAGAAAGACAGCCUGAGUUUUUCUUCUACUACUCUUUGCUGGGAAAUGAUGUUACAAAUGAACCCUUCAAUGAUCUGAUCAACCCAAACUUUGAGCCAGAGAGAGCAUCUGUCCGAAUACGCAGCAGCCUAGAAAUUCUUCGUGUUUACCUGGCACUUCAGUCUAAACUACAGAUCCAUCUUUGCUGCGGAGACCAGUCACUUGGGAGUACUGAAGUGCCCUUAACUGGUCUCCUGAGGAAGGGGAGUACGGAAAUCAACCAGCGUCCGGUCACAGUGGAGGGUGCUUUUAUUCUCGACCCUCCGAACCGAGCCAAGCAAAAGCUUGCGCCCAUCCCUCUGGAGCUGGCCCCCACUGUGGGAGUGUCUGUGGCUCUACAGAGAGAAGGUGUAGAUGCCCAGUCUUUAAUUGAAUUAAAGACCCAGAAGGAACAGGAGCCAUGGCAAUCCAAGAAGCAAGUUUUAACUCCUGUAAAAGAGAAGAUGCUUGCUGGGCCAAAGUCACCGAGCGUGUCCCCUGUUCCACCCCCCAACCAGUCGCCUCCAACCAAAGAUGAUGCAACGGAGAGGGAAGUGGAGAGCUUGCAGUAUGACAGGGACACAAAACCGAACGUGAAGGCUGCUGGUUCUUCUGUCCCUGUCUCAGUGGCCCAGCCAGUGACCACAGCCGCUGCCUCAGAAACCACCUCAGGACAGAAGGUUGCUGUGCCAGCGACGUCACAUCAUUUUUGCUUCUCAAUAGACUUAAGGAGCAUCCGUGACUUGGACGUUGGCUUUCCGGUCAACUGUAUAUUAAGGUACUCCUAUCCAUUCUUUGGUAGUGCAGCUCCUAUUAUGACUAAACCUCCUGUAGAAGUUCGGAAAAACAUGGAAGUGUUUCUUCCACAGUCUUACUGUGCGUUUGAUUUUGCAACUCUGCCUCAUCAGCUGCAGGAUACCUUCUUAAGGAUUCCACUGCUGGUUGAAUUAUGGCACAAGGACAAAAUGAGUAAAGAUCUCCUCCUGGGAAUUGCCAGAAUCCAGCUUUCUAACGUCUUGUCUUCAGAAAAAACUCGCUUUUUAGGGUCCAGUGGUGAACAAUGUUGGCGUCAAACUUACAGUGAAAGUGUGCCUUUUGUAGCAGCACAGGGGUCAAACAACAGGAUAAUGGAUCUCUCGUACACAGUAACUCUGGAAGACUAUGGCCUAGUAAAAAUGCGUGAGAUUCUUGUAUCGGAUUCAUCUCAGGGUUUAUCCGCUGUGCAGCAGAAGCCAUCCUCCCUUCCUCCAGCACCUUGUCCUUCAGAAAUCCAGACAGAGCCUCGGGAAACCUUAGAAUACAAAGCCGCACUAGAGCUAGAAAUGUGGAAAGAGAUGCAAGAAGACAUUUUUGAGAAUCAGCUAAAGCAGAAGGAAUUGGCUCAUAUGCAAGCUCUUGCAGAGGAAUGGAAGAAAAGAGACCGAGAGAGAGAAUCACUCGUAAAGAAAAAGGUGGCUGAAUAUACUGUCCUAGAAGGAAAACUUCAAAAAACCCUAAUUGACUUAGAAAAGCGAGAGCAGCAGCUUAUCAUUGCAGAGUCGGAGGUUCAAAGAGAAAGGAAGGAACUGAAAUCAGAACGUGAACGGAACCUGCAGGAACUUCAGGACGCCAUCCGCAGGGCCCGGGAAGACUGCGCGCACCAAGUAGAACUAGAGAGGCUGAAGGCGAAGCAGCUGGAAGAGGACAAACGUCGGCUGCAGCAGCAGCUUAAUGAUGCUGAAAACAAGUAUAAGAUGUUGGAAAAAGAGUUCCAUCAGUUCAAGGAUCAGCAAAGCAACAAACCAGAAAUCCGUCUACAGUCUGAAAUAAAUAUACUCAACUUGGAAAAGGUUGAACUUGAAAGGAAGUUGGAAUCCGCAACGAAGUCUAAACUGCAUUACAAGCAGCAGUGGGGACGAGCUCUGAAAGAACUUGCCAGACUUAAACAGCGGGAACAAGAAAGUCAAAUGGCUCGUCUUAAAAAACAGCAAGAGGAAUUGGAACAGAUGAGACUACGUUACCUGGCUGCCGAGGAGAAGGAUACAGUCAAGAUGGAGAGACAAGAGUUGCUGGACAUAAGAAAUGAAUUAAACAGGUUAAGGCAACAAGAACAAGAACAGUACCAGGAUUCCCGAGAGGCUGCAAGCGGAAACACGGACGGCCCACGUGGCAACGCGCUGGAGGAAGGUCUGGAUGCUUACUUGACUCGACUCAUAGAAGAGAGGGAUACUUUGAUGCGGACGGGUGUGUAUAAUCCCGAGGACCGGAUAAUCAGUGAGCUAGACCGACAGAUCAGAGGGGGUUUGGCGAAAACCAGUGCCAGCAGUUAAUAACAUUUGGAAAAUCUUACAGAGACUCCAGGCUUAAGUUUUAAUUUCAUUGUCAAACUCUCAAAAGAAAACGGAUGUUUUGGAAAGCGAUUUUCAGUUUUUCUACAAGCAGAAUUUUGUAUGUUAUUGUACAGUAUUUAUUUGGUUUUAUUUACCUUAUGCUACCUCUGCUGCCCUGGUUUUACUUGUCAUUGCAUUUUAUACACUCACUUUAAAUGACUUUUCACUGUUUCUCAUAAUUUAUAAUUCCAUGGCUAACUUUCACCACAGCUUUUCAUGAGACUUGUUCUUAGAGAAACGACUUUAGUAGUUUCCAGUUACUUGAUUUUUCAUGUUGAACCAAAAGAGUCUAUGUUGCACUUUAAAAAAGCGGUGUCCUAUUCAUUUGAAUAUAGAGAUCUCCCAAGUUGAGACCCACUAUAAUCAAUUUUAUUUAACUCAUUUCAGAUGGCCUUUUUUUUUUUUUUAACUUGUAACCAUUUGCAAAGGACAAGUUUGAAAACAGAAAACAGGAUCGUUGCAGAGAAGCCAUAAGAUACACUGAAUGACAGAACAGUCAUUUGUGAAAAUAAAGUUAAUACAGCAUAAA